UGGAAAAACUCAAGUUCAACAUCACGAGAGGUCUACUUCUGUAAAUGAAGGGAUAAGCAACCACCAAGCUGUGCAAACUGAAACUAGAGCCUUAUCAAGAAAUAACAACGUCCAUGGAAUUCAAAGUCAUAUGUCUUCUAGAUCUAGUACAUUAACAAAGUUGAAGUUCCUCUGCAGUUUUGGUGGUAGAAUUAUGCCUCGUCCAAGUGAUGGGAAACUUAGAUAUAUUGGAGGUGAUACGCACCUCGUCCGUAUAAGAAAUGAUGUUUCUUGGGAGGAAUUCAGGCAAAAGAUGUUGACUAUAUUUAACAAUUGUCACACAAUAAAAUAUCAGCUUCCUGGUGAGGAUCUCGAUGCAUUAGUGUCAGUUUCUUGUGAUGAAGACUUGCAGAAUAUGAUAGAGGAAUGUAAUGUAUUAGAAAGUGAUGGAUCACAAAAAUUGCGUACAUUUCUCUUAUCUUACAGUGACUUGGAUGAUUCUCUGGUUGGUCUGGAGAAUAUUGAAGGAGAUUCAGAAAUGCAGUAUGUUAUUGCUGUCAAUAGCAUGGACUUUGGUUCAAGAAGAAACUCCACUGCUCUGGCAAGCACUUCAGAAAAAAACUUGGAUGAGUUUCUGAGUGCAACAAUUGCUAGGGAGAAUGGUCAAGUUGCUAGGCAUGUAGCAGGGGCUGAUACUUCUGAUCCAGUCAUUGGCAUCCCUCUAACAAGUCAAUCUGCUCAUGAAGGCGUAUCAAUUUCAUCACAUAGAAUACUUGGGUCAAACUUGGGGCAUGACUCCAAUCAACUGGAAUACUUGGGUCAAACUGUACAUCAUGGUGGUGCUGAAUGGCAACCUUUACCCUCUUCCAUAUCAGUUGACAACUUUCCAGGUGUAGGUGGCAAAAACCUGGUUCUUCCAUCUAUGCAAGUGCAGUAUAACCAUGGUUAUCAUCCACCCAACUCUUCACAACUUACAAAUAACUUUCUUGUAAGUUCGAGUCAUGGUUACAUGAAUUGGAAAGGAGACAUCGAUCCCGAGCAGUCUUACAAGAGCUCACAUAUGAAUGACCAAGAAUCACAUGCUACAGUAGUGAAUCUGAAAAGAGAUAACUAUCCCCGGGAGAUGUUUGAACUUAGUAAAGCAAAACCUCGAGAGAAGGAAGUGCCUGAGGAGGGAAAUAUAAAGAUAGAAAGUUCUUUUCAGAAAAUAAAUGAGCCUGAAAAAAUGUGGCCUUUGGAAUGCAAAAAAGUUGUUUCCUCAAACCCACUGAAUGAUUCCGCCUCAAGUCAUGUUUCUAGAGUUGAAGUUCCGAAUUUCACUGCUGUGGCAGUUGUUGGAAACGAUGUUAUACAAUCUAAAAUUAAUGACAAGAGUCAGGAACAAGUUCAGAGUUCAGCAUCUCCUGUAGAUGUUCAGGAAGAAAAACUUGAUAGGUUCACAGAAGAUGGCUUCUCCGGAUCUGGUAGAAUAUCAAAUUCUGGCUAUGGAGACUCGGGGGCAAACCCACAUGACAUUAGCUACGAACAACCAUCAAUUCCUCCACGGACUUUUCGCUCUGAAUGGAUACCCAGGGAACAACCCGGCCUCAAUCGUUUAUCCAAAUCUGAUGAUUCUGCUGCCUCGCAAUUCAUAAUGGCCCAUGCAUAUUCUGAAGGCUCACAGCAGAUCAUAGAAUCCGUUAAUAAAUUGAAUGAUGGGAAUGUGGCUUCCCAGACUGAGCAUUUUGUACCUUCUGGAAGAUAUGGGAAUGUGGCUCCCCAGACUGAGCAUUUUAUACCUUCUGGAAGAUCUUUGUCUGCUAAUCAACAAGCUACUGCAGAUAAAGGGGUAAAACUUCAGGAAUCUCAAGAGUUAAGUGUCAGUGCCAGAGAAGUUGAUACCAAGGUUGGUGGAGAACUUUCUGAAGCAAAUUAUAAGCCUGAGCUGAAAGCUGCAACUUAUGCAGAGAAAGUGAAAUCUGGACUAAGUGAUCCUAUCUUAAGCAAUAAUAUCCAGGCUGAAUCUGCUUCCAGGAAGACAGAGCUUCAUUGGGGUGAUGCAUCUUCACAUAGAAUCAAGGGAAAUAAAGAAGCAGAGCAACUACACUCUUUGGCUGAGAAAGAGUGUCAGGUUGGAGCAGCAGUUUCCACAGGGAUACCCUCUGGUACUGUUGGUACACUUGAGCAUGGAAGCAUUCUUUUUGACAUUAAUGACCGCUUUCCCCGUGAUUUUCUCGCUGAUAUAUUUUCCAAAGCCAAGCUUAUGGAUGCCUCACCAGUACCUGCCCCACUGUACAGUGAUGGAACUGGUUUGAGCUUGAAUAUAGAGAACCAUGAACCAAAGAACUGGUCCUUUUUUCAAAAGAUAGCUCAAGGUGAUUUUGAUAGAAGAAAUGUCUCUUUGAUGGAUCAGGAUCAUCUUAGUCUGUCUUCUACUCGUGCAAAUGUUGAUGAUGGGGUGUCUAUGGAUUAUGGCUAUCCUCCUUUAAAGGGUGAUGGAACAAUGAUAGAUCAUAUGGACUCUCAACUCAAUAUUGAAGCUGAGUUCCAGCAAACAUCUCCUGAAAUUGUUGUCCCAGACACCAUGGAUUUGCCUUCCGAGUACAACCCUUCUCAAGCCACUGACGUUCAAAGUAUGCAGUAUGAUGUUGAAUUGAGUUCAAAAGUACCUGAAUCGGGUUAUCAGGAUGAGAACCAAGGAGCUCAGAAUGCUGGCUUUCCGCUUACCAAUCUCCCGCUUGGAGACUUUGAUCCCAGUUCCUUGCAGAUAAUCAGUAAUGAAGAUCUUGAAGAGUUAAAGGAAUUAGGUUCUGGAACAUUUGGGACCGUAUAUCAUGGAAAAUGGAGAGGGACUGACGUUGCCAUCAAGAGAAUAAAAAAAAGCUGUUUCACAGGUCGGUCAUCAGAGCAGGAGAGAUUGACUGUGGAGUUUUGGCGUGAAGCUGAAAUUCUUUCAAAACUUCAUCAUCCCAAUGUGGUGGCAUUUUAUGGUGUAGUGCAAGAUGGGCCAGGAGGGACUCUUGCCACAGUAGCAGAAUUCAUGGUGAAUGGUUCUCUUAGACAUGUUUUACUUUGCAAGGACAGACACCUUGAUCGUCGCAAGAGGCUCAUAAUUGCAAUGGAUGCUGCAUUUGGAAUGGAAUAUUUGCACUCGAAGAAUAUUGUGCAUUUUGAUCUGAAAUGUGACAAUUUGCUUGUCAACUUGAAGGAUCCAUCUCGACCCAUUUGUAAGGUGGCUGAUUUUGGGCUGUCAAAAAUUAAGAGAAAUACCUUGGUUACUGGUGGUGUCAGGGGAACGCUUCCAUGGAUGGCUCCAGAGCUAUUGAAUGGUGGAAGUAAUAAGGUUUCCGAGAAGGUCGAUGUCUUUUCCUUUGGGAUUGUGCUCUGGGAAAUCCUCACUGGUGAAGAACCUUAUGCAAAUAUGCAUUAUGGAGCAAUUAUAGGUGGUAUUGUCAACAACACAUUGAGACCGCCUGUGCCAAGCUUCUGUGAUACUGAGUGGAGAAUGCUCAUGGAACAGUGUUGGGCUCCAGAUCCUCCCAUCCGCCCAUCUUUCACUGAAAUUGCCAGACGCUUACGUACCAUGGCUGCUGCCUGUCCAACAAGACCACACGCUCAUCCAGCCAAGUGAUGGCAUGGCGUCCCUUCUUUCUUGGUAUCUGCAUGAGAGUUUCUUUUAGGAGUAUACUCUGUUUAUUCUGUAUUAAUCAGAGAGAGGAGAGUGGUCUCCUUUAGAGUGUGAAACAACAUUGUCGAAUACUAACGAGUGACAUUAUAUAUAUUCCCGGGAAACAUGAAAAUCUUUUUAUAUAUUACAAUAUGUA